AUGAGCUGUGCCUGUCGCGCCCUGCCAUGGAGGAUCUUUGUCCAAAGCCUGGCCCAAGUCCAUCGGCUCGAGUCGACAACCACUCGAGGGGCCGUCCGUCUGGCACCGACAAUACCGCCAUCGACGAUCCAUGGCCGGCUCUUGAGCGCGGCGCGGCAGCAGCAUGGCUUUCACGCUUCGGCAACUUCAAGACAAGACGCUGCGGCCGCGGCUCAUGCUGCGGUAGUUGAAACGCCGCAACAGCACCCGACUGCUUCAUCUCAAGAACCCGAAUCCAGAGCGAUUGCUUCGUCGCCGCAGCCACCCCGGACCGGGGAUUCGGAGACGUCACCGAGGGCAAAAGGGGCGCGAAAAAAAGACACCGGCGAGGUGAAAGCGAGGAGCCCAGAUGCGGAUCCGCAAGCGGCGCCGAGCCGGCAAAACAGGCCGGAGCAGGGACGGAGGAUAAAGACGUCGGUACCCGGCAGCGCCAAGGAGAACGACGGACUCUUCUCGGUGCCGCUCAUACCCAAGCUUGAAAGCUGGAAGGCGCAGAAGCUCGCGCUGAAGAAAAAGUUCCCUGAAGGGUGGAGGCCGCGCAAGAAGCUGUCGCCCGACGCGCUGGCGGGGAUUCGCGCCCUCAACGCGCAGUUCCCAGACGUGUACACGACGGAGGCGCUGGCCGACAAGUUCGCCAUGUCGGCCGAGGCGAUCCGGCGGAUCCUGCGGAGCAAGUGGCAGCCGACGACGGAGCAGGAGCAGGACCGGCAAGAGCGGUGGUUCCGACGAGGCAUGCAGGUGUGGGAGCAAAAGGCGGCGCUGGGCAUCAAGCCGCCCAAGAGGUGGCGCAUGGAGGGCAUCGCCCGGGACCCGACGCACCACGAGCGCAGCCAGAGAGCGGCGCUGCGGGAAAGGGAGAUUGAGGAGAGGGAGAUUGAAAAGUACAAGGCGGCGCGGCCGUGGCUGAAGUUUGCGAAGCGCAAGGGGGAGACGGAGUGA